AUGGUGCGCACAGCUGAGACAGAAGUGAAGAACUUGCCUGCGGAGCUGCUGUACCCGACAAUAGAAUACAUAUUGCCGCCAAGCUUAUCUUUACCCAGCAGUGCAGCAGCAGCAGCAGCAGCAGCAACAGCAGCAGGCACACAGUUGCUGCCGCCACCUCUAUUUGUGUUGGUGCUUGACACUUGCAUUAUAGAAGAAGAAGUUGAACAGCUCAAGGACUCGUUGCUGCAGAUUCAACAGCAGCUUGGUCUCUCACCAGGCUCUUCCUUUGCUGGUCCGCGUUCGGGGAGCGGAGCGACGCGGCAUCCCUUGGUGCCACCAGCAGCAGCACGCUUUAUUCAGCCUGUGGGGGAAUGUGAAGCGAAAGUUUCCUUCAUUCUUGAGAAUCUCUCCAAGGACUACUGGCCUGUUCCCGCCGACUCCCGGCCAAAGCGCUGCACGGGCCUGGCGUUGUCCGUUGCGGUUGCGUUGGUGGAGAGUUGUUGGCUUCAGCUGCCCUGCCGCAUCCUCUUGUUCACUGGGGGUGUCUGCACGACGGGGCCUGGACAGAUCGUUGACCUGCCCUUGGCAGAGUCCAUCCGUCACCACUUGGACUUGCAAAAGGACAACCAAAAUGCACGAUUUGUACAGAAGGCGCUCAAGUUUUACACAUCUCUAGCAAAUAGAGCUGUUCGGGCUGGCUGCGCUGUUGAUAUCUUUGCUUGUUCACUGGACCAGGUGGGGCUUUACGAAAUGAAAGUAAUGCCGGAAAAAACGGGGGGUUGUGUCGUAAUGAGCGAUUCGUUUUCGCUGAAUGUCUACAAAGACAGCCUCAAAAAGUUCUUGGAAACCGAUUCCACAGGGUUUCUGAAGAUGGGUUUCAAUGCGAAGAUGGAAGUUCUGUGCAGCAAAGAGUUCAAAGUGUGUGGGGCUAUAGGCCCAUGCACAAGUACUGGAAAGAAAGGGGCUCAAGUUUCAGACUUGACCGUCGGUGAAGGCGGGUCAUGUGAAUGGCAGGCUGCUGCAAUGGAUAAGGAAACAACAAUUGCAUUUUACUUCGAAGUUACAAACCAACACGUUUCAAAUUUGCCUCCAGGUUUUGACCAGGAAGCGGCUGCAGUACUCAUGGCACGCCUCGCAGUCUUCAAGACGGAGACGGAAGAUUCUCUCGAUGUUCUCAGAUGGCUAGACAGAAAGCUUAUUCGGCUGGUUUCGCGUUUUGCAGACUACCAAAAGGAUGACCCCAACUCAUUUCAUCUUUCUACGGAAUUCGCCAUAUACCCACAAUUUAUGUACCAUCUCAGACGCAGUCAUUUCUUGCAAACGUUCAACGCAAGCCCCGAUGAAACUGCUUACUACAGGUCUGUCUUGCUGCGAGCAAGUGUUAUGAAUGCUCUGGUGAUGAUUCAGCCGGCCUUGCUUUCGUAUUCACUAAACCAGCAAGGACCUCCACAGCCUGUGCUGCUAGAUGCCCAGGCGCUCAAGCCGGAUGUAAUAUUGUUGUUGGAUUCAUUUUUCCACGUCGUUGUUUGGCACGGCGAGUUAAUUCAUCAGUGGCGUGAACAAGGCUAUCACAACUUGCCGGAAUAUGAGAACUUGCGGCAGCUUCUGCAGGCACCGGUGGAUGAUGCAAGUGUCGUGUUGGGGGACCGUUUCCCCGCGCCAAAGUACGUACAGUGCAACAGCGGCGGCUCGCAAGCGCGCUUUUUGUUGGCGAAAGUCAACCCCUCAACUUCGUAUAUUAAUUCGGGAGCAGCUCAGCCCCUUGGCCUCACGGAGGGGGGGGAGGCCUUCAUCAACACAGAUGAUGUUAGUCUGAAGGUCUUCAUGGAACACCUCAUCAAGCUCGCAGUACAGAGCUGA